UAUUUUCAAAAGCAUAUUGCUGUGAUAACUUUUUCUUUACGUAUGUAUCUACUACACUCGCUUCGAAAUAAAUAAUUGACAAUCUCUAACGUCACUGCAUAGAAGCAUUAAAGCACACCAAUUGGAAGAGUCACGACAGAUUGAAGCUUGCUCUAGCUGUUAUUAUUUUUUUUUGCGACAGGAGUCCGCGUGAGGUUGAAUCUUAUUAGCAACCCCGUGACGUACUAUUUGCGCCCGAUCUCGUAUUGGUUUGAUCCCAACUUCGCGCCCGCGAGCUUCUAAUCGUAAACACAGUUGUUCAACGUGGUACAAUAGUUGGGGCGAGUGCUAGUUAUUUGAAAGAUGGACAAAGGAGCUCACAGACGUAUUUUACAAUCAACAUCGAUAACUGGCAACCGAUCGAAUAAGAAUUCACCACGAAGUCCGAGCUAGUAACCCACAGCGACUGUAUGGAUUAGUAGUUUCUCUGCUGAUCUCUGGUAUUCGUGUCCCGUCGCCUGAGAGUACAGCUCGACUCUCGCCGACAUCGAGUCAACAUCACCGAAUCUGGAUACACAGCGAAGAAAAGUAAACAGCUGGUCAACGUCGGAGGCCUUUUUUCCUCCAGUUCUUCCAUUUUUAAUGAAGAAAUGAAUUAUCUUUAACGGUAUUUUAGAGCUUGCACUAAUCAAUGUGCAGAUUAUAUUUGCGAAAUAAGUGAAAUUUCAAGAGUAUAAUUUGGCAGUGCGCGAGCAAAAAUUUACUAGCCGAUGCCGCCCUCUAUCAAUGUUAUUUCGGUUGAUCGAUUCGAAGAUAGAAGAUCCUUGUCACUACAACGGAACCAUGGCAAACUCACUUCUGAGUGCCAAGAGAGUGCUUUACACGACAGCACGGUAGAGAAAACGGGUGUAGCAGUCACGCAAUCGUUUUCCUAUGGCAGUUUCUUGAAUUAACUUUGACUUUUCGAGCGUCUUUUUAAAAAUCGAACAUAAAUCGUACGUUACGUAGCGUUACAGUCCCGGUCGCUCUCGGCAGGCCCGACAUGGACGCGAUAGUGCUGACGCCGAGCAAAAUGCCGCGCACCACCACGUCCGUCGAGGUCUUGCAGCCUCUGUUCAACGACACUAACGGCGACAUCGAGUUCUACGCGAUCAUAGUCUCGAGGCUGGGCUUCGGAUACAAGCGCGCGCAUCGGAGAUUCGAUCUGAGGGACGAGGACGCCUGGCCGGACACGUCGUCGUGGAAGGAAACCGUGGAAAAGGACUUGAAGAUUGCCUAUCACGUCACCGAGCCUCGCUGGAUACCUUAUCUGAACUACAUAGUUAAUUACGUGAGCGUAAAAGCAGUGAAGUACGUCAUCGGCGAGGAUGUCGCCUGUCGCGCUUUGAUCAUUGAUAAUCGUUUAUACUGCAAUGGCCCACUCAAACCCGGUACGACUUAUCAAGUGUGGAUGAGAGCCAUCGCGACCAAUGGAUAUGCUGAUGCUGACUACGUGCUUGUUAUAACAGGUUUGCAUAGUGCACAAACAGCAGAAUUUGAAACGAAAUCGCGUUUGGAGAGACGCAAUCAGCGACAGCCCAUCAAUUUCAAUCUUUCCGGUUGUGAGUCAACCUCUGCUCCAAUAAGCACUCGACGAUGUGUUGAUUAAUCCAAAG